AUGAAUAAUAGCAAAGGUACGCGAUUGUUCGAGGAGCUGGAGCGUGAUCUGAAGGCUAAGGUGGAAGCGGCCAAGAACAUCCUGGACAACAUACCCAACCAGUCUGGAGAAACAAAGAAGGCUGCCAUACAGCGGGUGGCCCGUAUCGCCGAUGACGCGAAGGACCUGGUGAACCAGCUGUCAAUUGAGCUCAAGAACCAGUCAGGGUCAUCCAGAUCCACUUUCGAUGCAGUGGUGCGCUUUAUGCGUAGCGAAGUGGACUCAAUACAGACACAACUGCUGAAUGCCAGUGAUAUUUGA